CUAUGUUAAGUGUCUGAGUAUCUUCAGUCAGUUUGAACUGAACUGAGGAACUUGUGUUAAGUCUCUCUUUGGCUACAUAACGGUAAAUUAAGAGUAAUCUAUUACUGAAAGUUAGCACAUCCUCUCCUCCACUGUCAUAACUGCUGAUUGUACAGUAUAAUUCACACUUCCUUCAAAUAUUGUUUAAUAUUUGAGGAACUCUGUCUGGUUUCUACUGCUAUGUCAAACACGAAGAUGCUGAUGUCUGGGAAACCUGUACAUGAGGUGUCACAGUGUUUGACAAUGACGUCAAUGAAGACGUGGUAUCUCUUGUUCCUCGCUGGCUUCCUGCCCAUUGUUCCCACGGCGGCUGAAGUGGUGGGUUCAAUGUCAAAAUGUACUGAGUUUCUCCUUGAUGGAACUCCACCCCAGGUCCCAGGAAUCUUGGAGGGCGGAAACAUCCUGAACCAGAACCGAUACAAACCCAUAUGCCAGACUUUUGAUAACAAGAGAAGGUUUGUGACGCUCUACGACAUCAAGAACAAGAUUCCAGUGUUUUCUGCUUACAAGUACAGAGGGUAUGGAGGAGGAAGGAGACCCCCAAACAACUGGAAGAUCGAGCCACAGCUUGAGAAAGAAGAUGACAAGAACAUGUGGUAUGGAGACAAAUACAAUACCUACAACAACCAGGCGGGGAACACUGAUUAUAGAAACAAUGAAGAGUUUGAUAGGGGCCAUUUAUUUCCAAGUUCUUAUGCGUUCACCAAAACUGACAAAAUAUCAACCUUCACCCUGACCAACAUCGUUCCACAAGCAAAAACAUCAAACCAAGGAAGCUGGAACAGAAUGGAGAAGUGCAUCAAAUGUGUUAUGGACAAAUACUGCAUCAACAACAACAAUGUUACUGAAGGCUUUGUGGUAACCGGAGCACAACCCAGCACCAACAACAUCCUCAAAAACCGGAUUAAUAUUCCCUCCAUGCUCUGGUCAGCUUUCUGCUGCUACAGCUCCGAAAAAAAGAUGUGGAUAGCGAGCGCGCACUGGGGCGACAAUGUCCCAGAUGAUCCUAAAAACAAAUAUCUGCAGACAAAGAGUUUGGCAGAACUCCAUGAAGUACUGAAGACCGCAGACUCUGAAUUUAAUGUGUUUCCUGAAACAAAGUGUCCUCUCCACACAACUGUUACUGAGUUUUACCCAGACAAUAAAAACUGUGAUUGCCCCCCCUCUAUUUCAACCACUUCUGCCCCUCCCACUUCAACAUCUGCCCCUCCCACCUCCACAUCUGGCCCUCCCACCUCCACAUCUGGCCCUCCACCUCCACAUCUGGCCCUCCCACCUCCACAUCUGGCCCUCCACCGUCUACAUCUGGCCCUCCACCGUCUACAUCUGGCCCUCCCACCUCCACAUCUGGCCCUCACACUACCACAUCUGGAUAUGCCACAUCUACAUCUGUCACCAUAACAUCUGGCCCUGCCACUACCACAUCUGGCCUUUUCAUGAGAACGUCUGGUCCUGCAACAUCUACAUCAAGCCCACCUGCAUCUACAUGUGGUCCUCCAACUACCACACCUGGCUUACUCACAUCUACAACAUCUUCCCCUUUCACCACAAGAUCUGCCCCUCCCCCAUUUACAUCUGGCUCUCACACCACCAGGCGUUGUAGUGACCAGGCCACUACAACGCCUGGUCCUGCAACAUCUAGCCCACCUACAUCUGGUUUCUAAAUCUACAACAUCUGGCUCCCAUAUCUUAAUUUGACCACAUCUGGCACAUCUCACAUCACAUACAUUUAAUCCUGCCACACAGCCCACUCACUGCAACAUCUGGCCCACUCACUGCAACAUCUGGCCCACUCACUGCAACAUCUGGCCACUACUAUAUCUAGUCCUGUCACAUCUACUAGCCCAACCUCUCUCUUUACUACAUCUGUGAGUACAGAUGUUUCUUUAGGUUUUCCUGUAUGACUGAGGAAAAUAUGCAACUUUGGUGAAACACUGAGCCACUCAAAAUCUGAUUACACACAAAAUUGAUCAUCAGCUUACAUAUAUAAUAAACUAAUCAAGAUAGUUUAUUGCUUUUAAUUGAAAAAAAUAUUCAAUAUAAAAUUAACAACCUGAAAAUUGUUCUAUUACAAAUGUCUCAUUUUGUAAGCUUCACGCCGAGUUGUUUUUAUUGUUUACUGUACUAUACUUUUUGUGUAAAUUCUUACAAUGACAGGACACUGGAUAAGAAAAAGUGUCCUUUGGCUUCAGGUGGAAGACACUAAGUUAAUGUACAUGAUUUGUAGACUGCAUAGACAGUGUACUAAACUGUUCACUGUAAAUCAGUAUAAAUAUCCAACUGGCUAGAAUCCAUCUAUCCUUCAUUGAUCUAUUUUGAAUAUACAGUAUAUUUUAAGUCAUGACCCAUAGAGUAGAAUCUAUGAAGGGCUCAUUUACUGUGGCCUCAGAGCAUAUCAGUAUAUUUCAGUUUGUACUGAAAUGUACUGAACUUCAUAAAUGGUUAGUCACACUGUGUUUUUCAUUAAGUGUAAUCAAUGAGUCUGAUCGCUGUUGUGAAUUAAAGUUCUGCUGUCUGAUCAUGA